CCAUCUACUGGAAAGAAAUGUUGGACUGACCAAUAUCUAGGCUAGACUGAGUUCAGAGGCAAAGAGGAGACAACCAAAAUAUUGCUCAUCGAGGCCCAUAUUUAUUUAUUCACCGCCUCGGAAUUUGGGUCUUUUCUUGCGAUAGAUGUCAAAUCCAAGAAAUGAGGUCUUGGGGGAUUUAUCCGCAUUUCAGGUUUCCUUCUUUUGUUGAAUUCCCUCCCCACCUCAAAUAGCCCACUGACAGCAGCAACAGCAGCCAGAAGCGGAGCCCUGCUGUCCCGUGGAUUUAUCACGGCACCGAGGCGAGAGACGCAUGGAACAUGGCUGCGAUGAGGACUUUAACCGUGGCUGGUCUCUUUUUGGCUUUUUGCGCUUUAGGGCUGAUAGCGAUCGCGAUCAGCACUGACAACUGGUACGAGACUGACGCGAGGAGGCACCGGGAGCGCUGCAAGAAUUAUUCCAACAAAAGAAACGACCCUGGCUACAUCUACAUCUCCAACAACAAUCUGCCACUUCGCAUGUUGCCGAAGGAGAAACAUUUGGAGAUGAGGGGCUCCGGUGUCAGCGGCGAGAUGCUGCUGCGGGCGAAACGGCACUUCUCGCCUCCUGCCCCGGCCAUGGAGUCCCUCUGCAGUCGGCAAUACAACUCCACCAUCACCGGACUGUGGAGAAAGUGCCACCGAGCGGGGUUUGACUUGGAGACGGAGGAUUUGAUAUUCAAAGGAUUGGUUCCGCGCUGCACACCAAUAAAAUACUACUACUCAUCAUCAGCGCUGCCCAGGAAUCUGCCAAUCAAUCUGACAAAGACGAUAAGGCAGGAUGAGUGGCACGCGCUACACCUCCAGAGGAUGACCGCCAGCUUCAUUGGCAUGGCCGUAUCCAUCAUCCUAUUUGGCUGGAUCAUUGGCGUUCUGGGCUGCUGUAAGGAGCAUGAUCUGAUGCAGUAUGUUGCUGGACUCCUCUUCCUUAUGGGAGGAACAUGCUGCAUAAUCUCCCUCUGUACAUGUGUGGCUGGGAUCAACUUUGAACUGUCGCGCUACCCUCGCUAUAUGUUCGGAAUACCCGAGGACAUCAGUCAUGGUUACGGCUGGUCCAUGUUUUGUGCCUGGGGUGGCCUGGGCCUCACGUUGCUGGCUGGUUUCCUGUGCACACUCGCUCCUUCCCUGUACCCUCCACACACCCCAGUGGUGCACAAGCCCAGGCAGGAGAACGGCUGUGUGUGACAGGCCACCUCCACAUCUAAAAGACACCUGUCUCAUCCUGAAACGGUGACGAGCCCUGUUGCAGUGACAGUUUGACCCGUACGGGGACUCAGAGCAGAGAGAGAGCCUUCACACAGCCAGACACUGAGACCGAAAGGCACACUGGCUCUCGCUCACAUGAAAAUGAAAAAGAGGUGACAUUUGACUGAAGGUGGUUUCAGUCCCUCUGGUGCUUUUUCUGUCCCUCUUUAUGAAUGAACUGUUCAGUGUCAUUGCUUGCUCUUAAAGAGGAGAAUAGUUAUAAAAAAAAACCAUUUUCUUCCCAUAAAAUCUGCUAGUUAAAGAAGAAAAACAGAAGAAAAAGAAAAAUUGGCAGGAUAUCAAUAGCACAAAUUUGAAAUCUGUACUGAAGAACAAACAAUCGGUGUGUUCUGUCACAUUUCAGAGGGCAACUGUGUAUCAUUAUGUACCCAUUCAAAACAAGAUAUGUACAUGUACUUUUUGAAUUGUAUGUAUGCAGAUGCAUUUGUGUUUGUUCAAGGAAAAAUAUGAGCAUUCAGGCCAAACUGUGUUUGAGGGAAAUGUUUUGUUGUUCUUGAGGUCUUAACCCCAUCACAAUAUUUUUGAAAAAUAAAACAGCCAUGCAAAACCA